ACCUACACAGCUGACGUUAGCAGCAAUCUAGCUAAGCAAGGAAGCGAUCGAUGCGGACUGCUGGCUAUCGAUAGUUUAACUAGAGUAGAGAACACGGUGUAAUGAUGUUGACUGUCUGCAUCGCCAUAUCUGCGGCUAACUAGCUAAGUAUACACUUGAAACAGCUUGUAAGCAUGGUGUUCAUUAACGUUACAACUAUACUUCCCGCUCAGGAAACAUCAGCUAGAAACUCGGUCAAGGCUGCCUGUUGCAUAAUCCCAUCUAAACUAGCUACCUAGUGCUCAAUCAGUCAUAUCAACUCGCGUAACGUUACCCACCUCGUCAACAGUCCGCCUGGGAAGAUGCAGCAUCCCUAGCAAGAGUUUUAGCUUCACUGGAGGCGACAAACUCGAAAAACACAACCGUAUAUUGUCGAUAACUGAAACGGUCUUCCUCUUGACAUGCUGCACCGCAGUAUGGCAUCGAGCGGCUAUUUGAAAGCGGUGAUGCUGCUCUUGGCCGUGCAGAUGCUGUCUUUUAGGCCAGGCUUUAGCGAGCAGGAGACAGGGACGGUAAUACCUGCCGAAAGUCGUCCCUGUGUGGACUGUCAUGCAUUUGAAUUCAUGCAGAGGGCACUGCAAGACCUCAAGAAGACUGCUUUCAACCUCGAUGCCCAGACUGAGACCCUGGUGUUGAGGGCAGAGAGGCGAGCCCUGUGUGGAUGCAUGCCCACUAAUACCCUGCACUGAGUUAAGCAGCGAUGUGACCUCACCAUGGCAACCGACUCCACACCCACUAUUACCGGACACCUUCUUUAAACUACUACAAACAAUGCCUGGUCUAGGCAGAUGUGUCUGAGCCUUCUUCUAUGGAAUAUUGUAAAAAAAAAAAAAAAAAAAAAGUUUCAUAAUUUGUA